GGUCAGUGUGACCAGGGCAUGCGUUAUCGCCACUGGAUCCAGGUGCACUGAGCCCUUGACGCUAUAAAUACCUUCGUGUUUCGAUGUUAAAGGGUCAAACAAGAAUUUUUAUUGAACACCUCGUCUUAUAUUAUUCAUCACUAAUAGUUGUUGCUUUCACAUUGUGUCUUAUCCGUUAGGCGAUCUUUUAUGCGCUUUGUUUCCGCUCGUUUGAUGGGACCGAGCAGACGUACUGCAGCACGCGGACAAGAAACCGCUCACGGAGGACUGCGGGAGUUAAAGGGGCGGCAAGAGCCGGUGGAAGAGAGGCGGACUCUUGACUGUCAGUCAAACAUCCGGGGUUAUCCGUUGCUACGUUAUAACGCCUUAGCAUAUCUAAACGACUCUCAGAAGUAAUUUUUUUUCAGAAUACCAGGAGGAGACGGACACACCUAAGUCUCUCAGAAUGGGAAACCUGCUGUUCUCCACAGGCCUCAUAAGGACUGAUGCAACCAAGUCGGAUAAAGUUAACAGACGACAUUUAAUAGCCAAAACGAUCUGCAAUGGCAUAACCUAUUAUUACACUCCACUCACUGGUACAGGUUGCGAAACAGAAUGUCUUGCCAAAAAUUUUCAAGAUUCUGCAGCUCUUUGCCCCACGUUCCCUGUUUCACCAUCUGCAGAAGCCUCCUCUACACUCCUCUCAGAUUCACCGUCAAACACAUCUGUCUCCUACCAAAAACAAUCAUAUUCUUCGUCCACUUCUCGUCCACUUCUGGUUUUCUUCUCCUGGCUUGGAGCCCAACCAGGGGGAAUGGCUAAGUACCGGGACCUUUAUCUGGACCGUGGCAUGGAUGUCCUCCUGGUUCAGAGCAGUGUGAUGCAUUUCCUGUGGCCUCGAUGGGGGCUUGAGUAUGGAUUGGAGGUUCUGAAAAUUCUGGAGAACCCUCCCUUCGCAGGGAGGGUGAUGCUGGUUCAUGCUUCUUCCAUCGGUGGCUACACUUUCACUCAAAUCCUCACCCACAUUGUCCAAGAACCAAAAAAACAUGGAGGCCUGGCACAGAGGAUGAUGGGACACAUCUAUGACAGCUUAGUGGUCGGCACACUGGACCACAUGGCGAUAGGCAUUGGUAGAACUCUGGUGCCACGUUUUGAGAGCUUUGUCAAAAACACUGCCAUGCUUUACUUCUGGCUUUUCAAAACCCACACGGCAGACUUCUACGAGACCAGCAUCCAAGUGUUCCACAACAGCCCAGUUACCGCUCCCGCUCUCUUCUUCUUCAGUGAAAACGAUGCAAUGUGCAACACUGCAGUGAUGGAAAAGCUGAUUGACGUCUGGAGACAGAGAGGAGUGGACGUGCACAGCAGAAAGUGGAAGAAGUCGAUACAUGCGGCCCACUUGCGCUGCCACCCAGAUGAUUACCUCUCCACCCUGCAACACUUUUUGAACUCGCUGCCCAUUUCCUCCUGUAAAAAAACAAUCUAAGAGGGGAGGUAAAAAUACACCACCACCAAAUAUUAAAAAACAAAAUAAGUUUUAUGAUU